CCAUGGAAUGGAACUAAGGUGAGAUGGUGGAAAUAAUACUCUCUUCACACCAUGGACUUCAACUCAAGCCUCAAUUAAUCGACAAGCUUUUCUUUCUUGGUUUGCUGGAUGCUGGGAACUGGGCAGCACAUGGAGAUCUGAACAGCAGGAUCAAUAUGGGAAUAUGAUGUUUUUCCCAAACCUCUUUCCCUGAAUUUGGAUCCUCAUCAGCAUCUCUGUGUCUCCGUUUCUUCAAUCAGGAAUGGCUGAAAACAUGUUGAGUGGGGUCGGAGGUGGGGUAUAUCAAGACGUGAAAGAAGCAGUAACCACCACUGGUGGCAAAAUACUUGAUGUGAAGAAUCUGAAAAAAAACUACAACAAGUUGAUGAAAGAAGCAGAAGAGCUCUGGGGACUGAGGGAUGAUAUAGAGAAAGAAGCAAGCAGAGUUGAAAUAAAGCCUGCCACAAGAGAAUGGAUUACUAAGGUUGAUAUGCUCAAAACUAAAGUGAACGGACUGGAAACUGAAUAUAAUGAAGGAAAGAGGAAGCGGUGGAGAUUGGACCGCUUUUGGUCGAACGCAAAUUUUAGUGAGGACUUGGAAAAGAAGAGGCAGCAAGUCCUUAGUCUUUUGGAAGAGGGAACGAUUCACAAGGGAUUUUUGAAAGAUGAAUUGCCAAACUCUGUCUGGACAAAAAAUGCACCUGAAAUCGAUGAAAAGUCAUCACUGGGAGAAAUUGUAGGAGAUGUACUUAAUCAUCUCGAGGAUGAAAAAGUAACAAGAAUUGGAAUCUGGGGAGCGGUCGGAACUGGGAAAACCACGAUAAUGAAGCACUUGAAUGACAAUGAAAAGAUUGCUAGUAUGUUUGAAAUUGUCAUUUGGGUAUCCGUCUCGAAGGAGUGGAGCAUAGAGAAGCUGCAAGAGGCCAUCAUGCAGUGGCUAGAAAUGGAUGCGAAGCGUACCAUCAACAUCGAGAAAAAUGCUCAGAUAAUAUCGAGAGGGUUGAAUGAAAAGAAGUGUUUGAUUCUUUUGGAUGAGGUAUGGCGCACCAUUGACCUACACGAAGUCAUGGGAAUCGAUAACAAGCAUAAUCAUAGCAAGAUGGUGUUGGCAAGUAUAUACCAAGGCAUUUGUAUCAACAUGGAAACUGUUGUGCAAAUCGAAGUGAAACCAUUGUCCCCACCUGAUGCUUGGAACAUGUUCAGGAAAAAGGUGGGUGAUGUUAUUUCUAGCUCCUUAAUUGAACCAACAGCUAGGCUUGUUGUUCAAGAGUGUCACGGGUUGCCACUGCUGAUAGACAGAGUAGCCAAAACCUUCAAAAAGAAGCAAAGAGAUUUUACCCUUUGGAAUGAUGGAUUGGAAAGCUUGCAAAGAUGCAACAGUGACAGAGUUGAAGGCAUUGAAGAUGUGUUGGAACGCCUGCAGGUUUGUUACGAGGAUUUAAAGGAUGAAGAGAAGGACUGCUUUUUGUACGGUGCAUUGUAUCCUGAAGAAAGCAUGAUAUCUGUGGAUUACUUGCUAGAAUGUUGGAGAGCUGAAGGCUUUAUUCGUCAUGCAGAGGAGUUCAGAAAAGCACGCAUCAGAGGGCAUGCGAUAUUGCAUGAACUUAUGGGCGUAUCCUUUCUAGAGAAAACUGAAAAGAGGAAAUAUGUUAAGAUGAACAAAGUGCUUCGGCGUUUGGCACUUAAAAUCUCAUUGCAAAAGGAUUACAAAUAUCUGGCAAAACCACGUGUGGGAUUACAAGAGUUUCCAGACCAUGAAGAAUGUAGCCAAGCAAGUAAGAUUUCGUUGAUGGAUAACCGACUACACACUUUACCAGAAACUCUAGAUUGUGGCAAUCUCUCAACAUUGUUCCUUCAAAGAAAUAAGGAUUUGAGUGUCAUUCCUCAGUUGUUCUUCCAAUCCAUGUGCAGUCUGCGAGUUCUGGAUUUGCAAGGCACUGGGAUUGCAUUUUUGCCUUCCUCUAUAUCCAAGUUGGUUUUUCUCAGAGGGCUCUACUUAAAUUCUUGCAUCCACUUGACAAAGGUACCAUCUGAAAUAGAAGCACUUCAACAUCUUGAGGUGCUUGAUAUUCGAGGAAGUGGACUUGAUUUAAGUCAAAUUGAAAGUUUAAUAUGGUUGAAGUGUUUGCGAAUGUCCUUGUCUAAUUAUUCUACUAAGGUAUCACCACCUAGUGUUGACGUGGGAAACCAUACUCAGGAGCAAUCAGGAAUUGUUUGCAGGUUUGUUUCAUUGGAAGAAUUGAGUAUUGAUGUUGAUUCUUCUCAACAGCUUCGGGAAACGGUUGCAGAGGAGGCCAUAGAAGAGAUUGCUAAAUUGAAUCAACUUACUUCCCUUCGAUUGUACUUCCCUAGAGUGGACCAUCUUUGGUUGUUUGUCACAAAAAGCCAAGUGUGGAAUUCUCCCUUCGCAUUUCAAUUUUCUGUUGGUUACGAGGACUCAACCCACUCACAAAUUUUUGAGUCCUUACAUUCUCCAAGGUACAACUCCCUGAAAUUGGUGAAUGGUCAAGGCAAAGAUCCUGUCAUCUCGGAAGUACUUGGGAAAACUCAUGCAUUUGGACUAAAAAACCACAGUGGAGUUUCCAGUCUAUCUGAGUUUGGCAAUGAAAACAUGAACCAUAUGUUGGUUUGUUUGCUUGAAGGAUGCAAUGACGUUGAGACCAUCAUCUCUGGUGGUGGAACGACGACACAUGUGUUAGAAAACCUGGAUAUUUUGCAUGUAAACAACAUGGGGAGAUUGGCAAGCAUUUGGAAUGGGCUUGUUCCUGAUGGAAGUCUAGGUCAACUAACAACUCUUACAUUAAUUAAAUGUCCAGAGUUGAAGAAGGUAUUCUCUAAUGGUAUGAUUCAGCAGCUCCCUCAACUACAGCACUUGAGAGUUGAAGAAUGUCAUAAAAUUGAGGAGAUAAUCAUGGAACCUAAGAAUGAUAAAUUAGAAGCCAAUCCACUUCCAAUGUUGAUGACGCUAGUACUUCUUGAUCUCCCAACACUAAAAAGCAUUUGGAUUGAUAAUUCAUUGAAUUGGCCUUCUCUACAGAAGAUUAAAAUAUCCACGUGCAGCAUGUUGAAGAAGCUGCCUUUCAACAUGGUGAAUGCAACCAGACUGAGAUCCAUCGAAGGGCAAAACUCAUGGUGGGAAGCUCUAGAAUGGACAGACGAUCGUGCCAUUAAACAGAGACUAGAGCCUCUUUGCAUCCUCAACUAGCUCCUCAGAUUUGUGUGCAGCGGUCUCAUUUUAAAGCUGAUUGAGAUAUAUAGUUGCCGCCUUGGUUUGUCUUUGUCUAAGACUUGAUAUGUACCUUUGUUUUCAUGGUUUGUAUUUGUUUGAGAUUUGCUAUUUUGGGUUGUAUUUUUCUUUUUUUUAAAUAUUUGCUACAUUGAAUUGGCUUUGCUACAGGUUUGUUAGCUGGGAUUGUAUUUGUGUAAGACUUAAUUCCACUGUGUUUGUUAUAUUGUA